ACCAAACUCCCCGACUCCAUCACUUCACAGCUGGUGGAAGUACCCUUCAUUCACCAACCCCCAUCCUUACACCUCUUCAUACCUUUCUUUUCGAAUUUUCAGCAUGUCUGACGAAUCCGCUUUUGGGUCUUCGGCCCACAAACUGGAUGAAUUCUCUCAUGUGAGUAAUUUCUUUGAUUUUAUUUCUUCACUCUCGACCCCACUGGGGUGUUUGCUAACCUUUGGGCAGUUCUUGAAUGGCCAGAGCGCUGCUCUAGGUGUCUAUGGCAGCCCCAAAGCUGCCGACAAGCUUUACACCAAUUCUCGUAAUGGAGAGUUUGUUAGAAUUAACAGUGAGUUUAUUCUUCCAUCCGGUCUUGAAAGGUUUCUGAUGGCUUGACUACGGCAGCUCGCUCUUCCACUCUUUGCGGCCCUUACUAUCUCUCGGAUGCCGGGAGAAUUCAGUUUUACAAGCAUGACAAGCCUACCGAGUUUUACGGUAAGGAGGCAUGCCUUGUUCGCAAUGAGACCGUUAGAGGUCUCUUUGUUGUUAGAGUCCCUGCGGGCACUCCGUUUAAUCUCAUCUUCCGCUACAAGGACGUCUUCGAGGAGCGUCGUGCAGCGGUCGAGCGCCAAAAGGCUUAUAAGAAGGGUGGCCCGUAUCUUUCCGAACGUGAGGUCGGGGUCAAUUGUGGUCAUGCCACUAUUGUCCAGAUUCAGGACCCCCCUGUUCUUCCAAUUGACGAUGGGUUGGUCUAUCAUGGGACUCCUAUCUUCGUUCAAAAUAACAAUGGUAAGGGUAACAUUUGGGUCCCUUUUGCCUGCGAUAAAACCGAAUUUCCUGCCAUGAUCAAGCGUAUUCGGGGUUACUUGGAGACAAGUGUUGAUGGCGAGAUGUUCGGACUAGUUGGCGGCGGCAAUGUGAACGGCGCUGGUGGGCAGGAUGGAUUCAUUGAUGACGAUCAUCCUCUCUAUGGGUAUGGCUUUCAUCUUUUGGUUGUUUUCAAUACAGUACUGACAAGGGAAAAUAGUGUCCGUGAGUAUCCGAGGUCUCUCCUGGUUACUAGAUUGUUGGGUGAAAACAGCGGUGGGUAUGGCCGCGGGUUCACUAGUUCGGUAGGUGUUUUCCUGGCUUUGCGAUCGUGGUGAAGAGGGGCUUAAUAUUUUUGCCUUUGGAUAGCUCGUCCUCGACGGAGAGGACAAUGGUGCGCAUUCCGGAGACGUUAGAACCGCUAUCCAAUUUGAGCCCACCCCUAGGAUCCCGCCUUGCUUUGACGACGGUGUUGGGCACUAUUCCACCCCUAAUGGGUUUAUUGUUGAAAGACCUUUGGUCAUCGACAACGUUAGAAGGGUUUGUCCCACCAACGUGGAUCUCCCGCCUCGCCAUCUUGACAAGAAGACCAACGCUCUUUACAAAACUGAGAUGUGCCGCAACUGGAACGAGGUUGGGGACUGUCGCUAUGGCCGCUCGUGCCAGUUUGCUCAUGGUCAAAAGGAACUCCGCGCCGUUCCCCGUCACGGCCAGUGGAAGACCAAGACCUGCUUGGCCUGGCUUCAUGGAGGUUGCACCUACGGUAGUAGAUGCUGUUAUGCACGUGAGUUCUCGGUUGUAGGAGCAUUCUCUAAGCGUUUCUGACGAUUGAACUUUCUUUAGACGAAGUUAUCCCUGAUAACGACACCAAGGGCGAACCUUCCAAUGAGCAAGAACCCCGCGGUUCCCCUGGAUCUAGUGGGGAUAGCCAGCCGGGCUUCAACGAUUUCUUUGGGAGUCGCCGGUGAGUCUACAUUCUGUCUAUAUUAUUCGUAUCAUUGCUAAUAAAGCCGCACACUAGCAUCUAAACCUAGGCUCUGGUCUGGCUUUGCGUAG